ACAUGGAUGGGGAUUUUUGUGCAGUCAUGUUUACUCUACACCGCCUCUGUGUGCUGAGAUUUCCCAUCAUUCACAUGGUGCAUCACGAUGAGCACUAAGGCGUUCUGGAUGGAAUCCUGUGACCCAAAAGUCGCCAUGCAUUAACGGUUGCACGCGCAGGAAAAAAAAAAAACCAAACCGUGCAGCAACAUGGUAAAAGUGCACAGGUUUUCAGUCAAAUUAACUGGCCGGUAAUUGCGCGCGCACUGCGGUUAACGCACGCGCUCACGCUCUUUCUCUCUCUCUCUCUCUCUUUCUCUGUGGGAAAAAGAAGCUCGUGUGGAGUGAUGACACUCAGCCACAGUGCUGAGGCGCGCGUGCCUCUCUCCUGCACCAUAUUUCCUCCUCGUGGAGUUUGAAGCAUCCUCUCAUUAGCAACACAAGAAGGAUAGGAAGUAUUUUUUUUCCUACAAAAAUAAAUGAAUAAAAAUGACUAGAGUUCCAGAAUCAACACGCCGCGUUUAGAGGAAUCCGGCGGAUUUUCCUGUGAAGCGCGCGCGGGAAGUGGCGGGGGAAAAAGCGCAAGGCACGAGCGGAACAUUUUCGGAAGUUUGUGGUACCGGGAUACUGUUUUGCACGAUGGCGCGUAACUCAGCGGCUGUGUGGCUCGGCGUGCUGGCGCUGGUGGCGCUCACAGCGGCGCAGAACGACACGGAGCCCAUCGUGCUGGAGGGGAAAUGCCUGGUGGUGUGCGACUCGAACCCGGCUACAGACGCCAGAGGCUCUUCCUCUCCGCUCGGGAUCUCAGUGCGCGCGGCCAACUCCAAGGUGGCGUUUUCCGCCGUGAGGAGCAACAACCACGAGCCGUCAGAGAUGAGCAACAAAACGCGCAUCAUCUACUUCGACCAAGUUCUUGUCAACAUAGGAAACUAUUUCACAUUGGACUCUGUAUUUCUAUCCCCUCGCAAAGGCAUCUACAGCUUCAACUUUCAUGUUAUUAAAGUAUAUCAGAGCCAAACCAUACAGGUGAACUUGAUGUUAAAUGGAAAGCCAGUCAUCUCUGCCUUUGCAGGUGACAAAGACGUGACACGAGAGGCUGCUACCAAUGGCGUUCUCCUCUACCUGGACAAGGAGGACAAGGUUUACCUGAAACUAGAGAAGGGAAAUCUAGUGGGUGGGUGGCAGUAUUCCACCUUCUCUGGAUUCCUUGUAUUUCCUCUGUGAAAAACAGGGCGUGACUGCCAGCUUUUCCAUGCGCCAACAACAUAUCAUCAUUGUUUAACCGAUCUGUCAGCGUUAACAGGAAGGGCCUGGACUGGAGGCAUUCCUCCAAAUGCUCAUUCAUUCACUGUUUGCCCAAAGUGUGAAAAGGACCUUUGGAGAAAUAUCGUUGUGGCAUGUGUAUUCCUGUUUUCACAAUGCAAAGACACAUAUAGGGACCUGCUGCGAGUCUUUGUUGCCUUCAUAUAUUUAACAAAUUCAACUGAAGUAUUUAGUGUCUUUCAAAGCUGUGGAUUUUUCUUACCAUACGUCAACUAAUAGUCACUUUUCUGAUGUCUGUAGGGUCAGUCGGUGUCAUUUGUACCUGAUCAUGCAUUAACUGUUUGAUAUGAUAGCACUUCUUUUCUUUGGAGAAUUCAGGGGGCACAAAAUUUCCUUUUAAUGCUUACACAUCAUAGGGAGCUCUAGAAUAAAUUAAUAAUAAUGUAUACCUAAACUCAAUCUAAGCUCAAUAAAUAUGGGGUCAAUAAACCUGAUUUGAAGAUCUCUUUUCCUGCAGAGUGUUAGUCUAAAUCUUAUACAUGUUAUUCAGGAAUAUAAGAAUAUAUAAAUAAAACUUUUAUCUUUAAA